AAUGAAACUUUCAAAAUUUUCUAAAUUGAAUUAUAUAAAUAGUUCGAUAUCGUUGUGACCCCUAGGUCACCGUGCUAGGUACUGUACUAUACUGAGUACAGUACCAUAGAUUUAAAAGGCCGUGAAUUUGACCUACAAACACUUAAAUAUUGUAUAAGAAAUCAUUUUUAUUACUAACCCUCCGGUAAUAGAAACGCCGAUAACAAACCAAACUAAUCAGAGAUAAGUUUUCAGAGUGGAGGCAUGGAGGAGUGCGCGGCGGCGGCGGCCCGGUGCGUGCGGGGCGCGGGCCGCAUGGCGGCGUGGCGGCUGCACGCAUACGGCGCGCCGCAUGGGCUGCGGCUGGAGGCGGCGCGCGUGCCGCCGCUGCGCGCGCCCGACGAGCUGCUCGUGCGAGUACACGCCGCCUCCCUCAACCCGCUCGACGUCGCCAUGAUCGGCGGUUACGGCGCGCGCGUGCUGAACACCCUGCGGGCCCUGGACGGCGGCGACGGCGUGGAGUUCCCGCUGGUGACCGGCCGGGACUUCGUGGGGCACGUGGAGCGCGCGGGGGCGGGGGCCAGGCUGCGGCGCGGACAGCGCGUGUGGGGGGUCGUGCCCCCGCACCGCGCCGGCUGCCACGCCGACUACGUGGUGGUGAAGGACCGCUGGGCGGGCGAGGCGCCAUCGUCGCUGGGCGUGGAGGCGGGCGGCGCACUGUUUGCGGCGCUGAGUGCGAGCGCGGCGCUGCGGGCGGGCGGGCUGCGGGGGCUGCGGGGGGCGCGGGGCGGGGGCGGGGCAGGGGGCGGGGGAGGGGGCGGCCCGCCCCGCGUGCUGCUGCUGGGGCUGGGCGCCGUGGGCCGCGCCGCGCUGCAGCUGCUGGUCUACGAGGGAGCACAGGUGGUGGUGGGGUGCUCGGGUGACCUGUGCGAGUCCGCGUUGUCGCUGGGCGCGGUGGCCGCGUUCGACCGCCACGCGGCCGACUACGACCACAACGUGCGAGACGCCGGACCGUACUAUGCGGCGCUGGACUGCGCGGGCGUGGGCGGCGCGGGGGCGGGCGCGGCGGGGGGGCGGCGCGCGGCCCGCUACGUGACGCUGUCGUCCCCGCUGCUGCGCCGCACGGACGCGCGCGGGGUGUGGUGCGGGGCGGUGCGGGCCGCCGCAGAGCUCGCCGCACACAACGCCGGGCCCGCACACGUGCGGUGGGCGUUCUUCUCGCCCGCGCCCGACGACGUCGAGCUGCUGCGACGCCUCGCUGAGCGCGGACAGUUCUCGGUGUGCGUGGAGCGCGUGUUCCCGUGGUGGGAGGCGCACGCAGCGCUGCAGCGCGCCGCAGCCGGCUCCGCGCGCGGGAAGCUGCUGCUCGACUUCAGCGCACUCCCGCCGCCGCACGCGCAGACCACGCCGCCCACGCACACACACACACACGCACACAACUAGCGACGUCACACAGCGUCUGGGACUGGGCCCGUGGUGGGAGGCGCGCGGGAAAGUGCUGCUUGACUUCACCGCACCCCAGCAGCUGCACACGCAGACCACACAGACCUCACACACACAAAACUAGCGACGUCACACAGCGUCUAGGACUAGGGUUGCCAACUUUUGGCAGUAAAAGAGUAUAUCUGAUUUCAAAGAAUGUAAAUAAAGAGUACAGACUUACAAACAAGAGUAUCAUUUAUAUUAUAUUAUUAAACAGGUACUUUUUGUUGCACAACAAUUUUUCAUGGUUUUUGGUAUUAGCACUAGUAUAAUAAACAUUGUGUAAAAAAGUGUUUUUCAGGAUACUCUAUUAGUGUUUAUAGAGAUUAUAGAUUAUAGAGUACGCCUACUUGAUUAGAAUACAAUACUGUAUUUUAGAGUACGGUUGGCAACCCUACUAGGUAUACAUAUAGUUUAGUGCAAAUAUUCAUGCUACUUGUAGAGACUGGUCUCCUUUGUAGCUAUCACUGAUUUGUUUUGUUACUCAAGUAACUAUUUAUGUAUGUCAACUUUGCCUUUUAGCAGUUUGUAAUAACAGAAAAUUCUUUAAAAUGUAAUUAUGAAUAACAUUUA